GCCUCCGUCCCGGCUGCGGCCCCUGCCGGUUACAUAACUCGUUGCGGGCCCCGCGCGGUCUCAAGUCCAGCUCCCUGAGCCCCCAGGAUGCGCUGAGCCCCGCGACGCCCUCAGCUGCCACCGGCUCCCGCCCGAGGUGUGAAUGACAGAGGUGGUGCCAUCCAGUGCCCUCAGCGAGGUCAGCCUGCGUCUCCUCUGCCACGAUGACAUAGACACUGUGAAGCACCUGUGUGGUGACUGGUUCCCCAUCGAGUACCCAGACUCAUGGUAUCGUGACAUCACAUCCAACAAGAAGUUCUUCUCCCUUGCUGCGACCUACAGAGGUGCCAUUGUGGGAAUGAUAGUAGCUGAAAUUAAGAGCAGGACCAAAAUACAUAAAGAGGAUGGAGAUAUUCUAGCCUCCAACUUCUCUGUUGACACACAAGUUGCGUACAUUCUAAGUCUGGGAGUAGUGAAAGAAUUCAGGAAGCAUGGCAUAGGUUCCCUUUUACUUGAAAGCUUAAAAGAUCACAUAUCAACCACAGCUCAGGACCACUGCAAAGCCAUCUACCUGCAUGUCCUCACCACCAACAACACAGCGAUAAACUUCUACGAAAACAGAGACUUUAGGCAGCAUCACUAUCUGCCCUAUUACUACUCCAUCCGAGGGGUCCUCAAAGAUGGCUUCACCUAUGUCCUCUACAUCAAUGGCGGCCACCCUCCCUGGACCAUCUUGGACUAUAUCCAGCACCUGGGCUCAGCACUAGCCAACCUGAGCCCUUGCUCCAUCCCACAUAGGAUCUACCGCCAGGCUCAUAGCCUUCUCUGCAGCUUCCUACCAUGGUCAGGCAUCUCCACCAAGGGUGGCAUCGAGUACAGCCGCACCAUGUGAUGCCAGCUGGGUAGCUUCUGCCAGACCGCACCCCUCAGCACCCUGCAGAGCCCACCUUCCUGUCCAUCUGAUUUUUGCUUUCCUCUGCAAGGAGCUGGCGGCCACCUGCCAGCCCAUUGGCCUGCCCCAGCUGCAGGCCUGGUGCUACGCGGGCUCAGAAGCAGAGCGUGCAUCUGGUCUCCAACAGGCUCCCUGGCUCUCCUGUUUUUGGAAACCUGCCUCCACCGGGUGCCCUGGUCCUGCCUCCAUGCACUUUCACCAUCCCCUCGGCCCUGCCAAGUGUGGCUGCAUUCUCCGGGAAGGGGCUGUCCUCACCAGCCUCUCCCACUCCACUGCCUGUUCCUUCAGCUCCUUCCUGCAAAGCCAGACUGAACUUUCUACUGUGAAGAAGAAGCAUAAGUAUUGUGGACACCCUUGACCUGAAGACAUAGGAGCCUCAGAAGAAGGGGGUGCAGUAAAGAGAAUUCCAGGCUUUUAUACAGGACCCACCCCAAGAAGCCUAGAGGGUGGGGGUCACCCCCUACCCCCCACAAGAGGCUAUGGAGAGGUGGGCAAAGUAGGGUUGGCUGUUCGGGAAAGUAGAGCUCCAGGGCCCAGCUCUGGCACAGUGGUCAGAUAAUGGGACAGUUCCUUCUUCCUCAGUGGCCUCCUGCUAUCUGUUUCCUGUUUCUGGAGAGAUCAUCCUGCCUGCUGGAUUGUGACAUGCUGCGUGCAGCUGACCUUCCUGGGAGUGGGACUGAGGCGCCCACGAGGCACUUGCCUAUCCUUCCAUGAGCUGAAUGAAGCUACGAAGCUUGGUCAGAUGCAGACAUAAGGGGGCUGAGCUCCCUGCUGGGCAUCAUGGCUGCCAAAGGCUGGUGGGGCCUGGCCUUGGGGUCAGGGGCAGUCAGUGCCUGAGGCGCCUCAGCCUCUGAGGGCUGAGGCCAUGUCAGCAGCAUGUGUGUCCCACACCUCCAGCAUCCCUCACCUUGCACCCCCAAGCUGCCAGCGUCCUGACCAGCAUUGCUGCAGUGUCAUGGGAGCCAGUGCAGAGGGUCCUCAUGCCCCUUGCUUCACCAACCCUCAGAGGAGGGAAGAACUGCUCAGCAGACAGGGCCUUGGUGACUGUGUACUCCCCUCCCUCAGCGUUUCCCAGUCCGGGGCUCUCAGUGCUGGAGGCAGCCCAAGGCCUCUGCUUGUCAACAGUUCAGGCAGACCCCAGGCAGGAAGAGUGUCCCCCUCCCUGGACAGCUCUGGCCAGUGGGUAGCCCCUGAUGUGCUAACUAGCGUCAGCUGUGUGCUGAGGCCCCAGCUAUGUGUCCUCGUUCCUCUCAAUCAGCGGUGAUCAUGUGAUUUUUCAUUUCUGCCCCAUGCGGUCAGGGAAGAGUCUUCCAGAAGGUUCUGCCUUGGACAUUCAUAAUCUAGCUCAGAGGCCUUGCCCUGUACCUCCCUCCUUCCCCGAAUCACUGCAGUGUCCAGCCCAGUGUUGAACAGAUUGUAGUGUUUUGUCUCAUUACAAAUAAAUAGAUUUUAUCUGGUCA